AAAUAAAAGGGCUUGCCAUUUUUGAUCGUCUCAGGGAACAAUAUAAACGAUUCGAGUUGCAACCAAGAACGUGGGAGGAAAAUCGCCCCUUUAGAUUGUUUUCUUUUAAGAUUUGCAGAGCAGAGAAGAAGAACCCAGAGAGAAAAUCAAGUAAGUAACUUUUUCGAGGAUUUGUAAAGCAAUUUGAUCCGUGCAAGCAACAGCAAGAAAAAAGAGUUUUAACUUUUGGGGUCUUUUGUGCUCGCACGAUAAGUUGGUCAAUCGGUUCUUCAGAGUUGGUUGGGGUAUUUUGAUUAAUGAGAAAGAGAAGAUAAUGGAUUUCUGGCCAGAAUUUCUUGCGAGCAGCUGGGGCAGAGAGUUCGUCGCCGGAGGAUUUGGAGGCAUUGCCGGGAUAUUCUCCGGCUACCCCCUCGACACCCUCCGCAUCCGUCAGCAGAGCUCCAACAAAGGCUCUGCUUUCAGCAUUCUCAGACAUGUGGUGGCCAAGGAAGGACCAUUUGCUCUGUACAGAGGCAUGGCUGCUCCUUUAGCCUCUGUCACUUUCCAGAAUGCCAUGGUAUUUCAAAUCUACGCAGUUUUCUCAAGAGCAUGUGACACAUCAGUGUCAGCCACCGACCCUCCGUCGUACAAGGGCGUGGCUCUCGGAGGAUUCACCACCGGAGCCGUACAGAGUCUCCUCCUUUCACCAGUAGAACUGGUCAAGAUUCGCCUUCAGCUCCAAAACACAGGCAAAGUGACAGAAUCUCACAAAGGUCCCUCACAAGUAGCCAAGACCAUAUGGAAGAAAGAGGGUCUGAAGGGAAUUUACAGAGGUCUGGGCAUCACUGUGCUCAGAGACGCCCCUUCCCAUGGCUUCUACUUCUGGACCUACGAGUACAUGAGAGAACAACUCCACCCAGGUUGCAGAAAAAGUGGCCAAGAAAGCUUGAACACCAUGUUAAUGGCAGGAGGUCUAGCUGGAGUAGCGAGCUGGGUUUGUUGCUAUCCUUUGGAUGUUAUAAAGACGAGACUUCAAGCUCAAACCCCAUCUUCAGUGAAGUACAGAGGCAUUUUUGAUUGUCUCAGAAAGAGUGUGAAAGAAGAAGGGUCCACUGUGUUAUGGCGAGGUUUAGGAACUGCGGUUACAAGAGCAUUUGUGGUGAAUGGAGCUAUAUUCUCUGCUUAUGAGAUUGCUCUGAGGUGUUUGUUUAGCAAUGGAACUAUUCAAAUGGAAGAAGCUAUUUGAAGAAGAGAAAGGAAGCGAUUAUAGGGUCAAUAUGGGAAGUUGACAGAAUAUACAACAUAUCAGUACGUGGUAUUCUGAAUCUGAUAAACAUUCAAGUUUCGAUUUGAUAUUAUAUUUCACAGUCAUGACUUGAUGUAAUUGCCAAAUAUAUCAAUAUUUCUAUAUCAAGCAAAUAAAGAUGGAAAAUUUUUCA